AUGAAGACUUCCGUCAUCCUCAGUUUUGUUACACUGGUUAGCGCCGCUGUCGCGCUUCCUGCAGUUACUACAAACACCGAAGACAUUCAUGUCUUUCAGAGGAAGAACGAGAUCGGUACCCCUGAAAUGCAUCGGAGGUCAGCGACCCGCACGAACAAAGAAGUAAUAAACGAACUGGUUCAUAGAGUUGGCCGUUGCUUGGCAUCAGAAGAGGUUCAACGGAGGUUCCCGGAUUACGAGAAAAGAAACAGAUAUUGCCUGAACGAGGGCUGGAUGAAAUUUUGA